AGCGCUUGUGAUUAAACAUUAAUUUACUUCGUACUAAAAAGUGUGUAACUAAAUAGUCUGACUAAACCGAAAUCGCACAUCGCUUGGAUCUUUGAAAUUUUGUGAACUUCAUGAAUCAAGAGUAAAUAAAUAUUGAUCAACAAUGGCUGAUGAUAUUGUGUUUGAGUUGCUGCACUCAGAAAUAAUAAACUACGCUUUACAUGAUCCGAAGGGCUCCAAAGACGGCACAGUUCAGGAAGCUGAUUUGUCAAUAGUAGAAUAUAUUGGAUUUGCUGCUGGUUACAAAAUAAUGGAACGAUUGACAAGAGAAUGGCCAAGAUUUAAAGAUGAAUUAGAUACAAUGAAGUUUAUUUGUACAGAUUUUUGGACAUGCAUUUAUAGAAAACAAAUUGACAAUCUAAGAACAAACCAUCAGGGUGUCUAUGUGUUACAUGACAAUGCCUUCAGAUUUUUAACAAAUUUCUCUAAUGGCCAACAGUAUUUGGAAUAUGCACCAAGAUUCGUGGCAUACACAUGUGGUCUCAUUAGAGGGGGAUUAGCCAAUCUCUGCAUCAGUAGUAUAGUUACUGCCGAAGUUCAGUCAAUGCCGUCAUGUAAAUUUCAUAUUCAAGUUCAAAGAACAUAGUACUCUAGCGAAACAGUAAAGAUAAUUGAAUAAUAUUAAAGCAUAUAAUCUGUUUUUAAGAUAGUUUGGUUUUCAAUUAUGUUAAAUACUUGUAUGUAAUUUUCUCAUUAAUAAUAAUAUGUUUUAUUACAGCCAGCCUACUAAUAAUAAAACUAAGGAGUAACUGUGUCAAAAAUUUGUUCCGCGAGUCUCCAAAAUGAGACCCGAUUUAUUUCGUAAAUUUGGGUGUUAAUGUUUCAUAGCUAUUGUCAAAUUUUAGUGUGCAAAAAGGAACCAAAUUCAAAACAUUUGAAGUAUGGGAGUUAUAUUUCCAUAGUUUUUAUU